UUUUUUUUUUUUUAAUAUAAAUUCCGUCUCCGUCGGUCCCCGAUAUAAUAAUACGAAUCUCCGCUCGAGCAUAAAUCCGCUUCGGCGGAAACUUGCACGCUAAAGCCACGCCCUGUUCGUGCCCAUCGUUUUGCUGCUCAGUUGGGUCGUUGGAGCUUCACUAGUGGGUUUGGAUGGCGGAAAUCGUGGGGCCUGGGAUAUAUAGCUGCUACAAGUGCCGUAAUCAUGUUGCGAUGCACAACGAUAUCAUAUCUAAGACUUUCCAGGGAAGAAAUGGCCGAGCUUUUCUGUUUUCUCAUGCCAUGAAUAUUGUUGUUGGGCGCAAAGAGGAUAGGCAUCUCUUAACCGGUCUUCACACCGUUGCCGAUAUCUCUUGCGCCGACUGCCAUGAGUUGUUGGGAUGGAAAUAUGAGCGAGCUUACGAAGUUUCGCAAAAGUACAAGGAAGGGAAAUUCAUUCUCGAGAAAGCAAAGAUUGCCAAGGAAAACUGGUAGCACUCCACAACGUUUAUGGGCCUGCUUUCCACUUGUUCCAUCCUAAUUUGAUUUGAUCUGUUCAAUGUUGUUAAUGUUUGUGUUGUACAUAGAUGCUCUCCCAAUUGGAAACGUCAUUGUUUCUCACUGUCGAUUCCUUCCAUAUGCUGUGUGGAUUGUGGACGCCUCUUGAAAUGAUCAUCACCCUGUUUUUCCAUGAAA